GGAGAAUGUGGCUACUUUCCGGGGCUCUGAAUACUUUUGCUAUGACUUGUCUCAGAAUCCUAUCCAGAGCAGUAGUGAUGAGAUCACUUUGUCUUUCAAAACCUGGCAACGCAAUGGUCUGAUCCUCCACACGGGAAAAUCGGCUGACUAUGUUAACCUGGCAUUGAAGGAUGGUGCCGUUUCAUUGGUCAUCAACCUGGGCUCAGGAGCCUUUGAGGCAAUAGUUGAGCCUGUCAAUGGAAAGUUCAAUGACAACGCCUGGCAUGACAUCAAAGUGACACGCAACCUAAGACAGCACUCAGGCAUUGGACACGCUAUGGUUACGAUAUCAGUGGAUGGUAUACUGACCACCACAGGAUACACUCAGGAGGAUUACACUAUGCUGGGCUCAGAUGAUUUCUUCUAUGUCGGGGGAAGCCCAAGCACUGCCGAUCUGCCUGGAUCUCCCGUCAGCAAUAAUUUCAUGGGAUGCUUGAAAGAGGUGGUUUACAAAAACAAUGACAUACGGCUGGAACUCUCUCGUCUGGCCCGCAUCGCAGAUCCCAAAAUGAAGCUACAUGGAGAUAUUGUGUUUAAAUGUGAGAAUGUUCCCACCCUCGACCCCAUCUCUUUUGAAACGGCUGAAUCCUUCCUUGGCCUGCCGAAGUGGAACACCAAGCGUGUGGGCUCAAUUUCCUUUGAUUUUCGGACCUCAGAGCCCAACGGACUCAUCCUCUUCACGCAAGGUAAACCACAGGACAAAAAGGAUUCUCGUAGCCAGAAGAGCAACAAAGUAGACUUCUUUGCCGUGGAACUUUUAGAUGGACAUCUUUAUCUUUUACUGGACAUGGGAUCAGGAACAAUUAAAGUCAAAGCUACGCAGAAUAAGGUCAAUGAUGGAGCCUGGCACCAUGUGGACAUCCAGAGAGAUGGAAGAUCAGGAAUCAUCUCUGUGAACAGCCGUCGGACUCCGUUCACUGCUAGUGGAGAGAAUGAGAUUCUAGACCUGGAGGGUAACCUAUAUCUCGGAGGUCUACCAGAUAACCGCGCUGACCUGGUCCUACCCACCGAACUGUGGACCGCUAUGCUGAACUAUGGCUAUGUGGGGUGCAUUCGUGAUCUCUUCAUAGAUGGCCGCAGUAAAGAUAUUCGCCAGAUUGCUGAGGCCCAGAAUGUAGGGGGAAUCAAGUCAUCCUGCAGUAAAGUUACAGCCAAACAGUGUGACAGCAAUGCCUGCAAAAACAAUGGCAUCUGCAAAGAAGGCUGGAAUCGCUUCAUCUGCGACUGCACUGGGACUGGGUACUGGGAUCGAACCUGUGAGAGAGAGGCAUCUAUCCUAAGCUAUGAUGGUAGCAUGUACAUGAAGGUGGUGAUGCCAUCGAUCAUACAUACAGAAGCAGAGGAUGUAUCUCUGAGGUUUAUGUCUCAACGUGCUUUUGGCUUGUUGAUGGCUGCCACAUCACGUGAGUCUGCAGACACACUACGACUAGAGCUGGACAGUGGCCGUGUCAAACUGAUCGUCAAUUUAGACUGUGGCAGGAUAAACUGUAACAACAGUAAAGGACCAGAGACACUGUAUGCUGGCCAGAAAAUGAAUGACAAUGACUGGCACUCUGUCAGAGUUACGCGGCGUGGUAAAAACAUCAAACUUAUGGUGGAUGAUGAUGUAGCUGAAGGUCAGAUGAAUGGUGAUCACACUCGGUUAGAGUUUAGUAAUGUUGAGACUGGAAUCCUGACAGAACGGCGAUUUGCCUCCACGGCUCCGUCUAACUUCAUUGGUCACCUACAAGGCCUGAAGUUUAAUGGCCUCCUCUACAUCGACAUGUGCAAGAACGGAGACAUUGAAUUCUGCGAGCUUAAUGCUCGUUUUGGAAUGCGCUCCAUCGUGGCUGACCCUGUUACCUUCAAGACUAAAGGAAGCUAUCUGGGACUUGCUACACUCCAGGCAUAUAGCACAAUGCACCUCUUCUUUCAAUUCAAAACCACCUCUGGUGACGGAUUCAUUCUCUUUAACAGUGGAGAUGGGAAUGAUUUUAUUGCCGUGGAGCUUGUCAAAGGGUACAUCCACUAUGUGUUUGAUUUGGGAAACGGGCCGAGUCUUCUGAAAGGAAACAGCGACAGUCCUCUUAACGACAACCAGUGGCACAAUGUUGUGAUUACUCGAGACGCAAGCAACACCCACACACUAAAGGUGGAUGCUAAGUCUGUCAGCCAAGUUGUCAACGGAGCAAAAAAUCUGGACCUGAAAGGUGAUCUAUUUGUGGCUGGCUUGGGGCCCAACAUGUACCAGAACCUGCCUAAGCUGGUGGUGUCUCGUGAAGGAUUUCAAGGCUGCUUAGCUUCCAUGGAUCUAAAUGGCCGUCUGCCUGACCUCAUCAACGAUGCUCUGUUCCGCAGUGGGCAGAUUGAACGUGGCUGUGAAGUUGGUUUCACCAAAGCUGACCUUCAAGGGCCAAGCACUACAUGCCAGGAGGAUUCCUGUGCCAACAUGGGCGUUUGCAUCCAGCAGUGGGAGAACUUCACCUGCGACUGCUCCAUGACCUCUUACUCUGGCACCCAGUGCAAUGACCCUGGAGCAACUUACAUCUUUGGAAAGGGUGGAGGACUUAUCAUGUACACAUGGCCCAACAAUGAGAGGCCCAGCACUCGAACUGAUAGACUGGCAGUGGGCUUCAGCACCACCAUCAAAGAUGGAAUUCUUGUCCGCAUUGACAGCGCUCCCAGACUAGGAGACUACAUCAUGCUUCAUAUCGAAGAAGGAAGGGUGUGUGUUACAUUUAACAUCGGUACAGUGGACAUCAGCGUCAAAGAGAUGACUACAGAAGUCAAUGAUGGAAAGUAUCACGUUGUGCGCUUCACAAGGAAUGGUGGAAAUGCCACUUUACAGGUGGACAACUGGCCAAUCAACGAGCACUUUCCAUCAGGCAACAGCGACAUUGAGCGUUUUCAAAUGGCUAAUAAGAAAAUCCCGUUCAAAUAUACCCGGCCGGUCGAAGAUUGGCUACAUGAGAAAGGUCGUCAGCUGACAAUUUUUAACACCCAAGCCACCAUCUCAAUAGGCGGUAAUGACCGCAAGAGGCCAUACCAAGGCCAGCUGUCUGGUCUCUAUUACAAUGGCCUCAAGGUUCUCAACAUGGCUGCUGAAGGCCAUGCCAACAUCAAAAUAAAUGGCAGCGUGAGACUGGUUGGAGAUGUACCUACCAGCAGAAGCCCUUCACGCACAACCACAUCCAUGCCCCCAGAGAUGUCUACCACCUUCAUUGAGACCACCACCACUCUGUCAACCACCACUACUCGCAAGCAACGCUCACCACCCACAAUUCAGCAGACAACGGAUGACAUUGUAUCUUCUGCAGAAUGUUCCAGCGAUGACGAGGAUCUGGAAGAAUGUGACGGGGGACACACAGGAGGGGAGUUAGUCAUCCCCGUUCUAGUCGAGGAUCCUAUAGACAUCCCUCCUAUUUCCACUCGGGUCCCUUUCAUCCCCCUUCCCCCGACCCUUCACCCUGUCCUCACCAUUAUUGAAACCACCAAAGAGUCCCUGUCAAUUGCCACCGAGGCGGGGGUACCUUGCUUUUCGGACCAAGGCAGAGAUGAUUGUGAUGAUGAUGGUGAUGAUGAUGAUGGUGAUGGCUUGGUGAUUUCGGGGUUUGGCUCUGGGGAGGUCUUCGACUCUAGCCUCCCCCCUACUGACGAUGAAGAUUUUUACACCACCUUCUCCCUGGUAACAGAUAAGAUCUUGACAACAUCGACCUAUGAAGGUGGCUACAAAGCUCUUGCACCCAAGUGGGAAGUAAAGGACUUUAAACCAAACAAGGGUUCUGAGGUGGGCAGGAUUACGGCCAUCCCGCCACUGCCUGACCUCAGGAGCUCAGCAGCAUCACCUGUCAGGCCUGAGACUGCUCCCAAAAUCCCAGCUGGGAAAAUGAAUAACCGCGAGAUCAAACCCCAACCGGAUAUAGUGCUGCUACCACUCCCCACGUCUUUCGACAUAGACGGCACCAAACCGAGGGGGCCAUACAUCACACAGCCCAUGUUGCGGACCAUCCCCAGUGCCCUGCCCACUGUGCCAGGAAUCAGGAGAGUGCCCCCUGGUGCCUCUGAGGUAAUACGAGAGUCCAGCAGCACUACGGGCAUGGUGGUGGGUAUUGUUUCUGCUGCUGCUCUUUGCAUUCUCAUCCUUCUCUAUGCCAUGUACAAAUACAGGAACAGGGACGAGGGCUCCUAUCAGGUAGAUGAAACCCGGAACUACAUCAGUAAUUCGGCACAGAAUAACGGCACAGUAGUAAAAGACAAACAGCCCAGCACUAAAGGUGCCAGUAACAAGAGACCCAAAGACAAGGACAAGGAAUACUAUGUAUAAAAGAACAGUCCAAUGACAAAACACUGAGACAGAGCAACAUCUGACAAAUCAUGAACAGGGGAAAUUGAUUUUACACAGAAAGUACUUUAAGAACUCAUACACACUGAGUCAAAACGAUUCGCAAGUUUUGUGAAUUGAAGCACACUUAAGCGUAUGGUAAGCAUAGG